AUGGAGUUGCGAGCUGACCUGCUGAAGUCCAUCUGGUAUGCUUUCACCUCUCUGGAUGUGGAGAGGAGCGGGAAGGUGUCCAAGUCCCAGCUAAAGGUGAGAGGUCAGAGGUCAAGUAAGGGGUCAGAAUAGGGGUUUGCAGGGAUUUUCUUCAGUGAGUCUCUCAGCCUUUCCAAUGUGUUGGUUUGUGUGUUAUUGACGUUUUUCCUUGUUUGAGGAAAAGUAUGUUUUUUAUAUCAUUGGCAUCAAAAAUGGUUUUAUUGUUUAUUUAUUGAUCUAGUUCCCAACCCAAUUAGACAAGACACUAUUUUCAAGGUCUAAUCUCUUUCCUGUUAGCUAAAUGCUUUCUCUCACUUCCCACUGGGCAAAAACUGGUUCAAUCAACUUUGUUUCCACUUCAUUUCAACCCAAAAAUGAUAUGUGAUGAAGUUGAAUCAACCUUUUUACGUAAUUUUGUCUCUUUUUUUUCCACCCAACUUUUAACCUAAAUCCAAUGACAUGGUGAAAUGUUUGGUUGAUUUCACAUUGAAUUCAUGUUAGUUGACAACUCAACCGAAUGUAAAUCAAAACUAGAUGUUGAACAGACAUUUGUGCCCAGUGGGUUGGUGUGUUUGUGUGUGGGUGUGAUCUUUCCUGUAGCAUGAGCUUCACAACACUGAUUGGUUUCUUAGACAAUGUUAUUGCUUGAUCAAACCCCUUGUAUUGACAUUUGAUCACCUUGAUCAUUUGAUCGCACAGCCCUAGUUUUGACCUUUGCCAUCCCUCCCCAAAUCUAGAAUAACAUACACAAGACUGUAACUGGGCUAAUUCCUGGGAUUAUGUAUAGGCCAGACUACCUCUGGAAUGGAGAGGCAGUAAUCAGUAAUCUGCUAUGGUGAUAGGCCUAUCUCUAUGUUCAGAGGCAGACCCUCUCUGAGCCCCAUCAUGCAUCUGGGUGGCUGGUGGUGUGUUAUUGCUCUGGUGUUUGGGUGGAUUUGUAGCUGCUGAAUUGUUGUGUGUUAUGGGUCAGUGAUGCUGUGUUGUGUUGCGUUGUGUGUGAGAUCAGGCAUUGUGACAUGUUUAAUCCCAGUCACACUGAGGGGCUUGGACUCUAAACCCCAGCUGUUGCUAUGACGAUGUUGUCAAAGAGGCCCUGUGUCUCCCCACUUCCAUAGUUUUGCUCUCGUGUCUAGAGCAGAGGCUUCAAACCCUGGAAGUCUGGAAGUUUUAACUGACGUUUUUAAUGCUGACAAGAAUGUUUUCGAUGUUUUGGUCUCUUCCUCUGUCUUUCUGUCUGUCUCUCUCGCGCUUAUCUCCCUGUGUCUCCCUGUCUCUGUUUGUAUCCCCACUGGGCACAGACGUCAAUUCAAUGUCUAUUCCACAUUGGUUCAACAUAAUUUCAUUAAAAUGACGUGGAAACAAUGUUGAUUCAACCAGUGUGUGCUCAGUGGGUCUCCUUGUCUCUCCUUGUCUCUCCCUGUCUCUCUCUCUUUCUCUCGCUCUCUCUUUCUCCCCCACCCCUCUCUCUCAUAACCUGUACAUACUGUUGAUGAGUUCUACUGCACUUGUAGGUCCCCAGUAAGAGACAGAUCACAAUUUACUGGGGGUGGUCCAAAAUAGGGGACGGUUGUCAAACUUCUUAUUUUUGAUUUGGGGAGGGUUGUGUGGUUUUUUAUUGGCCACAUGGGAAGAUAGGGAAUUUUUUCCCUGGUUUACAUUCGCUCUUUUGCAGGUGUCAUGGAUAUUCUACACAGGGACACUCGAAGUCAAUCUUAAAUGAAUCAUUCUUUAUUAUCAGCAUGCUGGAGAGGUUCCAACCAACUCAAUUCACUAAGUACACAUGUCGAUCAGGAGCAGUUAGUUCUCUUAUUUACAGACAAGUUAUAUUUGCAUGACUUAGCUUAUUCAUCAUUCAUAAUUAACGUUUGCUUCAUGCAUGUGACAGACCAAUACCUCACGAGGCUUCUUCUCUCUAAGCUGAGACCUUGAAACUGAAAUAUCUUUCGUUCUCAAAACAAGAGUCUGGGCGUACUGCCAAAUUGCAGAUACUGAUAGUGAAGAUUCGUUCAAUCAGUCACUUGCAUGAACACAGAAAUUGGUUAUUAGAAAAGCACAAUCAUAGAACACAGAAAUUGGUUAAUAGAAAAGCACAAACAUAACAUUUUCCAUCACACAGGUUUUGCUGUAUAAUUUCUUCCAUCCUAGACUAAUUUCCUCAUCUGCUUGCAAGCACCUCCCCUUUAUCAAGGUGUUUUGGUACUUCCCGUAUGCACUAUGCUUUUCAGUGUGCUAACUUUUACUAUACCACAGGUCAAUAUAGUCUACCAGUCUAACUGUCUAUCCUGCCCUCUAUCCACCAUUCAUAGUGACUAUAAUGGUAGGUGGAUUGUUUGUCCUGAUCUGCAAUAGGCUAACUAGCAAUCAUACCACACAUAAAAACACUCAAAGCUGUAUCAAUUUUUUUGAUGAAUCGACAAGAACAAAUAAGAAUAGCUGAUAGGCAGCGGAGAGGCCAGGUGCAUCAUUGCACAUGAAAGAACAGUGAAGACAUGAGACACACAGCUAAACAAUUUCCCCUAUUGAUCUUGUUUAGGGAAAAUAAAAUUAUCCUACCUAGACUAGCCUACAACACCACAAUGCAAUGAAUAAUUGCAUUAUUGUUUUCAAGUGAGUACAACAUUCUAGCCCACUCUAGGCUGCAGUGAAAAUGUCCUUUGAGAUCAGUUGUGGGUCUACACUCGACAGUUUACAAGGUCUAGAAAGGUCUAGAAAGGCACAGUAGCAGGCCAGUCUGGCUGUAUUUUUACUUCUGAUACUGAGAUGUGCUGUCUGUUGCAGAUCAUCAUUCUCCCAAGUCGUCCUAUAAUAAUGUGGCCACAUACUCUCCCAGCAGGCCCAGUUAUUCAGGAAAGCUUAACACAAACUCUGCCUACUCUCCAAUCCGAGUGGCUAUUCCUAGCGCACAUAGAACAUAACGCUUCAACAUAACCUAAAUAUUUAUCAUUUAACUUUUUUAAUGUAUUAACCUUUUAUAUGUGGCAUAAACAAAACCAGUUUUUUUUUAUCCGAUUAGGCUACUUCAAAAGUCUCCUGUAGGCAUGCCCACUUUCAUCCAAAAUAUAAUUCCAGCAUCCUCAAAAUGGCUUGAUAUUAAUCAGGUUUCCAUUCAACCUUUUUAUGCGAGUAAAGUAGCCUACAUGUUUGAUAAAAAAGGUCACCACAUCAUGGGAAAGCAUGCAGUUUAUUAGGCUACAGAUUAAAUAAGCUAUGAUGAACUUCACAGGGUGGUGAAAGUGCACAGUGAUGAGGUUGAUGCUCCUUUCAAUAAAUAUCAAGGGUCUUAUUCUGGUGACAUGAUGAUCAAUGCUCGGCUGCCAUUUGACAGAUACAAAUAAUCGCACAUUUUUGUCCAUAAUAAUCUCAUCAUGUAGUAGGCUAUACCUGCACUGUAUCUGCAAACUGUUGGCUAGAGCGCACCUGCCAAUGCCAUACUAGAGCGGGCACAUUCACUAUGCCUACGCAACAUUUUUUGUGACAAAACCAUCAGUAUGCAAUGGAAACCCAUUUAACUUGUAUUUUUUAUUCGGUACAUGGGAAUUUAACCUCAAAAGGUAUUUUCAUGUGCACUAUGUAUUUAAGCACAGACUUUUAUCUGCAACAAGUCAAUUUGAUGGAAACAAAACUCUGAUGGGAAAAUGCUCCAGGGUUUCCCUUAGCUGGUAAUUGCCAGCAUUUGGCGAAUAAAAAAAUUAAAAGCCUAUGAAUAAAAUUGUAACAGUCCAAAUUGUCCAGGAGAGGCUGUCUAUCAUAGCCUACACUGCGAAUUCGCACUUCAGCACCAUUCUCUCACACCUUGCUGUACAGUACAGUGCAGUCUAAUUCAGUAGAGUACAGUAGAGUACAGUACAAUCACGUUUAAUCAGUAGAGUAGAGUAGAGCAGACUUCUAUGUUUGGGCCAAAUCAAGGCCGGUCCGGACCCAACCAAAUCUGAACCAAUUAAAGACGUCUAUGUUUAGGCCUAAUAUAGAGAAGGGUGUAAUUGCAGACCGCAAUUAGGGGCGUUUUCUGAUAUUGGCGUUUCUUAAUGUCAAGUUACACCCAUUGAUGCUCGCCAUUGGUCCAUGGCCGUCGGGGACAACAGUUGUUGACAAUUGUGCCAUUGUAGCUAAACCUAACCCUAACCCUAAACCUUUUCCUAACCUUAACCUCAUUCACCUAACUUGACACGUUAAUUAUCCUAACCUGCUAUGUAAACAAAUCAUCUGUGUCGAGAAACCAUCACUCUCAUACCACCGGAACUGACCAAUGGCAUGUAUCAAUUGACUGACCAAUGGCAGGCACCAAUGGGCAGUUCCUGAUAUCAAGGAACGCUCACAUCAAGAAACGCCACGAAUUGCAGUCUGCAAUUACACCAUAUUGCUAAUAUAGGCCGGUCCGGAACGGACAUCUGUGGACGUUGAAAUCCAGACCAGUCCAUAGACGUCUAUGAUUGGUUCAGAUUUAGUCCGAUCCGGACCAAAAAUCUAAGUCCGUGGAUGUUGAAAUCAAGACUGGUAUGGAACGCACCAAAAAAAUACAUCCGGUCCGGACAAGACCAAAAAAAGACGUCCAAAACAUGUAAUCGGCGGUCCAUGCUUAGUGGGUCUUGUCUCAUAACCUAUACACUGUGUUGAUGAGUUGUAGGUGUUGUCUCAUAACCUAUACACUGUGUUGAUGAGUUGUAGGUGUUGUCUCAUAACCUAUUCACUGUGUUGAUGAGUUGUAGGUGUUGUCUCAUAACCUAUACACUGUGUUGAUGAGUUGCAGGUGUUGUCUCAUAACCUAUACACUGUGUUGAUGAGUUGUAGGUGUUGUCUCAUAACCUAUACACUGUGUUGAUGAGUUGUAGGUGUUGUCUCAUAACCUAUUCACUGUGUUGAUGAGUUGUAGGUGUUGUCUCAUAACCUAUACACUGUGUUGAUGAGUUGUAGGUGUUGUCUCAUAACCUAUUCACUGUGUUGAUGAGUUGUAGGUGUUGUCUCAUAACCUAUACACUGUGUUGAUGAGUUGCAGGUGUUGUCUCAUAACCUAUACACUGUGUUGAUGAGUUGUAGGUGUUGUCUCAUAACCUAUACACUGUGUUGAUGAGUUGUAGGUGUUGUCUCAUAACCUAUACACUGUGUUGAUGAGUUGUAGGUGUUGUCUCAUAACCUAUACAAUGUGUUGAUGAGUUGUAGGUGUUGUCUCAUAACCUAUACACUGUGUUGAUGAGUUGUAGGUGUUGUCUCAUAACCUAUACACUGUGUUGAUGAGUUGUAGGUGUUGUCUCAUAACCUAUACACUGUGUUGAUGAGUUGUAGGUGUUGUCUCAUAACCUAUACACUGUGUUGAUGAGUUGUAGGUGUUGUCUCAUAACCUAUACACUGUGUUGAUGAGUUGUAGGUGUUGUCUCAUAACCUAUAUACUGUGUUGAUGAGUUGUAGGUGUUGUCUCAUAACCUAUACACUGUGUUGAUGAGUUGUAGGUGUUGUCUCAUAACCUAUACACUGUGUUGAUGAGUUGUAGGUGUUGUCUCAUAACCUAUACACUGUGUUGAUGAGUUGUAGGUGUUGUCUCAUAACCUAUACACUGUGCUGAACAUCCCACACGACCCUGUGGCUCUAGAGGACCACUUUAGAGACAAUGAUGAUGGGCCGGUGUCCAACCAGGGGUACAUGCCCUACCUCAACAAAUUCAUACUGGACAAGGUACUGUAUACACACACACACACACACACACACACACACACACACACUCACACACACACACACACGUAUACACACACACGUAUACACACACACACACACAAACACACUUGACAUCCUCUCUUUCUGACCCCAGGUGGUUGAGGGCACAUUUGAUAAGGAGAAUGUAGAUGAGUUCUGCUGGACUCUCUGUGCCAAAAAGAACUACCAGCCUAAAGAUGGCGUGGGUGUUCUGCCUGAUAAAGAUGCCUUCCAUCUUUGGUGCCUCUUCAACUUCCUGUCUGAAGACAAGUAUCCACUGGUCCUGGUCCCAGAGGAGGUGAGUUCUUAGCCCGCUGUAAUCCAAAUCAUUUGCCUCCUUUCUUCCUUCCGUUCAUCAACCUUUCAUGCAAAUCUUGCAAUAAUGGGAGAUUUGGGCGAAAAUUCUGUCUCAAGUUAGGAUUUGUCCCAUUUUGUGCUCUAUUCAUUCCCUAUGGCCCCUCGCAGGUAGAAUAUCUCCUGAAGAAGAUCUCCUCAGCCAUGAGUGUGGAGUUGAGCUGUGUGGACAUGGAAGACUUAAUCUCCCAGGAGGCUGUGCAGCAGAGCGGCAUCACAGUGUGGGCCUUCCUGGACUUUGUCAACACCGGGAGGCUGACCAGAGGUGUGGAGAAGGACGCUGUUAAGAUGGCGAUAGAUGAGGUCUACCAGGAGAUAGCGGGCAAUAUCAUAAAAGAGGUGCUUUUAAACAUAAAGAGAAUUUAUAGAAAUGUUUAUGUUAGUAUGCACGUAAUAUAUAUGUAAUAAACCUGUAAUAUGGUAUUUAUAUAAUUAGGCAUGUGUAACUUUGUGUGGACGUAUGUAUCUGUCCUUAGGGGUAUUUGUGGAAGAAGGGCCACUUGCGGAGGAACUGGAACGAGCGCUGGUUCUCUCUCCAGCCCAGCACUCUGCAUUACUAUGUCAGUGAGGACCGCAAGGAGUGUAAAGGCUGUAUAGAGCUGGGCCACAACUGCUGUGUGGAGGUACACAACACUGGGUUAGUGGUUAUGUAGAAUGGAUGAAGGUACAAUGGGGGGUAGGCCUACACUAAAUCCUAAUGCAUAGGGUGUCAAUGUGGGCAGGGCUGAGGGAUUUGUUCAGAGAAGAUGUCUAUAGGGUAACAUAUUUGCACCCCAUUCUUUGUAAAAAAAAAAAAUAAUGUAGAGUGUGCAUGAUGCUGUUUGUUAUGGUGGUUACUUUCUCACCACUGUGGUUGCAUUGACAGGUGCUGCCAGAGAAGGAGGGGAAGAGGUGUAUGUUCUGUGUGAAGACACUCACCAAGACCUACGAGAUGAGCGCCCCCGACACCAAGCAGAGACAGGAGUGGACCACAGGUCAGAGGUUAUACAGUACAGUACACACUGGGCUUUUAAAGCCUGGAGAAAAUAGCCAUUUCACACCCUGAUGAAGGCGAAAGCCACAACGCGUAGGUGUUUUAAAUGCUCAACAUGCUCAAUAUCUAAAGGCUUUUUAUGAGUGCCCGGACCUGGAUUUUUCUGUUGCCCUUCAUCUGGCUUGGUUUACGACGACGCUUCAGGCAUACUGUAUGAUGUAUAGGCUACUGUAUGAUGUAUAGGCUACUGUAUGAUGUAUAGGCUACUGUAUGAUGUAUAGGCUACUGUAUGAUGUAUAGGCUACUGUAUGAUGUAUAGGCUACUGUAUGAUGUAUAGGCUACUGUAUGAUGUAUAGGCUACUGUAUGAUGUAUAGGCUACUGUAUGAUGUAUAUGCUACUGUAUGAUGUAUAGGCUACUGUAUGUUGUCACUGCAGCGAUCCAGACAGCCAUCCGUCUGUGUGUGGAGGGGAAGAAGUCCCUGCAUAAGGACCUGAAGCUGCGACGCAGGGAGCAAAGGGAGGAGAGGGUGAUGAGGCGCACCGCCAAGGAGGAGGAGCUGCAAAGUCUGCACCUCCUCCAGGGGGAGAGGGAGAGCAAGCUGGCCGAGCUGGAGCUACUACAGGUGUGUGUGUUGUGUGUGUGUGGCUGAGAGAGAGAGAGAGAGAGAGAAGAGAGCGAGAGAAGAGGCAGAGAGGAGAGGGAGAGAGAGAGAGAUGAGAGAGUAGAGAGAGAGAGAGAAGAGGCGAGAGACGGAGCAGAGAGGAGAGAGCUCUCGAGAAAGCAGAGAGGAGGGGAGCUCUCUCUCCUUCGCUCGCUCUCGAGAGACGGAAGACCUAUCGAGAGAGAGGAGAGAGAGAGGAGACGACCAAGAAGAAAACUGAACUUUGAACUGCAAUGUGAUAAUAGCAUCACAAUAACUGUUGUUAUAUAUUUGCAUAAUCUGUGUGCAGGAUGCACAAAGGCAGGCCCAGUCAGCUCUGCUGCAGGAGGAUCAGAAGAGGAGACAGCAACAUGUGGAGCUGCAGAGAACCCUGCAGGAGCAGCUACAGCAGGCUGAGGAGGUUAGAGGGGUAGAGAGGAAGAGGAGGUUAGCGGGGAGGGGAAGACGAGGUGCGCUGAGCAGGGUAAGGAAAGGAGGUGGAUGUAAGAGGAGGAAGGAGAAUUUGAAUUUUUACUAGGAUCCCCAUUAGAUGAUGCUAUAAUGUCAGCUAAUCUUCCUGGGGUCCAACACAGAAGGACAAUUCCAUGGUAACAGAGUGAUGCUGAGACUCCGAUUUUUCACAUUAAAAUGUAUGCCAAACAAAAACAAAUGAUUGCUAAGUUAAACAAACCACACAACGCUAUGCACAAGGAUUAAUUUAAAUACAUUUCCACAGAAAAUGUUACAAAAAUAGAUUUACUUGAAGAACAGUUUAGAUGCAUAAUUUCGUAACAGAAUGACGGUUUGUGCUGUUGGUGCCGUCAUUCUGUUACCAAACAUUGUUAUUUUUGUGUUUUCUUGAAGGUGAAUUUAGUUUUUGUCUGAGAAAUGUGAUUUGGAAAAUAAUUCCAUUCAGUGAUGGCUCCGUAUAUUAUUACUGUAGAUUUGAGGAAAUAUGUCCUUGGUCUGGGGGUUAUCAGAUGUCCUGAACUAGCCUGCCUGGGUUGGUGGUUAUGUUUGUUCCUAGUAUACGGUACCAGUCAAAAGUUUGGACACACCUACUCAUUCAAGGGUUUUUCUUUAUUUUUACUAUUUUCUACAUUGUAGAAUAAUAGUGAAGACAUCAAAACUAUGAAAUAACACAUGUGGAAUAAUGUAGCAACCAAAAAAGUGUUAAACUAAUCAAAAUAUAUUUUAGAUUUUAGAUUCUUCAAAGUAGCCACCCUUUGCCUUGAUGACAGCUUUGCACACUCUUGGCAUUCUCUCAACCAGCUUCAUGAGGUAGUCACAUGGAAUGCACUUCAAUUAACAGGUGUGCCUUGUUAAAAGUUAAUUUGUGGAAUUUCUUUCCUUUUCAAUGCAUUUGAGCCAAUCAGCUGUGUUGUGACAAGGUAGGGGUGGUAUACAGAAGAUAGCCCUAUUUGGUAAAAGACCAAGUCCAUAUUAUGGCAAGAACAGCUCAAAUAAGCAAAGAGAAACGACAGUCCAUCAUUACUUUAAGACAUGAAGGUCAGUCAAUACAGAACAUUUCAAGAACUUUGAAAGUUUCUUCAAGUGCAGUCGAAAAAACCAUCAAGCGCUAUGAUGAAACUGGCUCUCAUGAGGAUCGCCUCAGGAAAGGAAAACCCAGAGUUACAUCUGCUGCAGAGGAUCAAUUCAUUAGAGUUAACUGCACCUCAGAUUCCCAAAUAAAUGCUUCACAGAGUUCAAGUAACAGACACAUCUCAACAUCAACUGUUCAGAGGAGACUGCGUAAAUCAGGCCUUCAUGGUCGAAUUGCUGCAAAGAAACCACUACUAAAGGACACCAAUAAUAAGAAGAGACUUGCUUGGACCAAAAAACAUGAGCAAUGGACAUUAGACCGGUGGAAAUCUGUCCUUUGGUCUGAUGAGUCCAAAUUUGAUAUUUUUGGUUCCAACCGCCAUGUCUUUGUGAGAAGCAGAGUAGGUGAACGGAUGAUCUCCGCAUGUGUGGUUCCCACCGUGAAGCAUGGAGGAGGAGGUGUGAUGGUGUGGGGGUGCUUUGCUGGUGACACUGUCAGUGAUUUAUUGAGAAUUCAAGGCACACUUAACCAGCAUGGCUACCACAGCAUUCUGCAGCGAUACGCCAUCCCAUCUGGUUUGCGCUUAGUGGGAAUAUCAUUUGUUUUUCAACAGGACAAUGACCCAACACACCUCCAGGCUGUGUAAGGUAUAUUUGACCAAGAAGGAGAGUGAUGGAGUGCUGCAUCAGAUGACCUGGCCUCCACAAUCACCCGACCUCAAUUCAAUUGAGAUGGUUUGGGAUGAGUUGGACCGCAGAGUGAAGGAAAAGCAGCCAACAAGUGCUCACCAUAUGUGGGCUCCUUCAAGACUGUUGGAAAAGCAUUCCAGGUGACUACCUCAUGAAGCUGGUUGAGAGAAUGCCAAGAGUGUGCAAAGCUGUCAUCAAGGCAAAGGGUGGCUACUUUGAAGAAUCUAAAAUUUAAAUAUAUUUGGUGUUUAACACUUUUUUGGUUACUUGAUGUCUUCACUAUUAUUCUACAAUGUAGAAAAUAGUAAAAAUAAAGAAAAACCCUUGAAUGAGUAGGUGUGUCCAAACAUUUGACUGGUACUGUACACUAAUUGGUCAGAAGAAAAACGUUGGUUCCUUAAAAAACAUUAAGUUCCUAAAGAAAAUCAAAAGACUGGAUAAUAAUUUGUGUUCAACGGGAAGCCAUGAGAGAUUAUGGUGCAAUUGGUUGACAUUCAUAAGGGUAGGCCAAUGAAGAGCUAAUCUGGCAGCCUUGUUUUGAGCGAGUUGGAGCUUUUUAAGAUAUAUUUUUGCUGCAGAUGACCAUAUGACUGGACAGUACUAUAGGUCUGACAGAACCAAAGCGUAUGUUACAUACUCAGAACAUUUUAUUGUUAUAGUAUUGCCUUUACCCAUUUUAAUUACAAUGUUAUGCAUAUGUUCAGACCAGGAUAGAGCUGUGUCCAACAUGACACCAAGUAGUAGUAGUUAUUUUAACUUGUUCCACAGACAACCCAUCCAUUGACAAGUUUAAUUGAGGAUCACCAGCAAGCAUAUAUCUUAUACCAAAUACAAUACGUUUUGAUUUAGAAAUAUUCAAAACCAAUUUGUUAAUGUUAACCCCCUAAGACACCAUUCUUAGUUCUUUGCUCAAUACAUCUGUGAGUUCAUUAUAUGCUGAUGCAGCGCUAUACAUUGUAGAGUCAUCAGCAUACAUAACCACUCUUGCUUUAUUAAUUACUGGUGGUAAAUCAUUAGUCAAGAUAGAGUAGAGGAGUGGUCCUAGGCAACUGCCUUGAGGAACACCACAAUGUAAAUCUUUACAGUCCGAAAAGCUAUCAUCAAAGAAAAAGUUUUGCUUUCCCCUGGAAAGGUAGCCUUCCAUCCAGUAUAAAGACAUAAAACCAUAACUUAACUUUACCUAGCAAAAGUUAAUGAUCAAUUACAUCAAAGCAGCACUAAAGUCUAACAGCACUGCACCCACUAGAGGAGAGGUGGAGAGGAGGACGGGGGAAGGAUAACAAGAAGGAACUCAAGGAAUGUAGAGGAGGGGGAAGGUGUGAGCGGUGAGACAAUGAGGAGAAGGACCCUACUCUAUAGAUCUUUACAGGUUCAACUGUGGCUUCGUCCUGGUUUAAGUGUGUGUUUGUCGUGGGCCAGGCGCGAGCCAGCAUUCAGGCAGAAAUGGCCCUCAAGGAGGUGGAGACGGAGCGUCAGAGGAGGAGGAUAUGGGAGCUGGAGGAGACGCAGCUCCGCCUGGAGGAUGCCCUGCACCAGAAGAUCAGAGUGAGACAAGACGAGGAGAUCUACCGCCUCGCACAGGCCAGGUAACACACACAUACAGAUAUAUAUAGCAUACACACACACACACACUCUGGUCAGGUAACACACAUACAGUGGGGGAAAAAAAGUAUUUAGUCAGCCACCAAUUGUGCAAGUUCUCCCACUUAAAAAGAUGAGAGAGGCCUGUAAUUUUCAUCAUAGGUACACGUCAACUAUGACAGACAAAAUGAGAAAAAGAUAUCCAGAAAAUCACAUUGUAGGAUUUUUAAUGAAUUUAUUUGUAAAUUAUGGUGGAAAAUAAGUAUUUGGUCAAUAACAAAAGUUUCUCAAUACUUUGUUAUAUACCCUUAGUUGGCAAUGACACAGGUCAAACGUUUUCUGUAAGUCUUCACAAGGUUUUCACACACUGUUGCUGGUAUUUUGGCCCAUUCCUCCAUGCAGAUCUCCUCUAGAGCAGUGAUGUUUUGGGGCUGUCGCUGGGCAACACGGACUUUCAACUCCCUCCAAAGAUUUUCUAUGGGGUUGAGAUCUGGAGACUGGCUAGGCCACUCCAGGACCUUGAAAUGCUUCUUACGAAGCCACUCCUUCGUUGCCCGGGCGGUGUGUUUGGGAUCAUUGUCAUGCUGAAAGACCCAGCCACGUUUCAUCUUCAAUGCCCUUGCUGAUGGAAGGAGGUUUUCACUCAAUAUCUCACGAUACAUGGACCCAUUCAUUCAUUCCUUUACACGGAUCAGUCGUCCUGGUCCCUUUGCAGAAAAACAGCACCAAAGCAUGAUGUUUCCACCCCCAUGCUUCACAGUAGGUAUGGUGUUCUUUGGAUGCAACUCAGCAUUCUUUGUCCUCCAAACACGACGAGUUGAGUUUUUACCAAAAAGUUAUAUUUUGGUUUCAUCUGACCAUAUGACAUUCUCCUAAUCCUCUUCUGGAUCAUCCAAAUGCACUCUAGCAAACUUCAGACGGGCCUGGACAUGUACUGGCUUAAGCAGGGGGACACGUCUGGCACUGCAGGAUUUGAGUCCCUGGCGGCGUAGUGUGUUACCGAUGGUAGGCUUUGUUACUUUGGUCCCAGCUCUCUGCAGGUCAUUCACUAGGUCCCCCCGUGUGGUUCUGGGAUUUUUGCUCACCGUUCUUGUGAUCAUUUUGACCCCACGGGGUGAGAUCUUGCGUGGAGCCCCAGCUCGAGGGAGAUUAUCAGUGGUCUUGUAUGUCUUCCAUUUCCUAAUAAUUGCUCCCACAGUUGAUUUCUUCAAACCAAGCUGCUUACCUAUUGCAGAUUCAGUCUUCCCAGCCUGGUGCAGGGCUACAAUUUUGUUUCUGGUGUCCUUUGACAGCUCUUUGGUCUUGGCCAUAGUGGAGUUUGGAGUGUGACUGUUUGAGGUUGUGGACAGGUGUCUUUUAUACUGAUAACAAGUUCAAACAGGUGCCAUUAAUACAGGUAACGAGUGGAGGACAGAGGAGCCUCUUAAAGAAGAAGUUACAGGUCUGUGAGAGCCAGAAAUCUUGCUUGUUUGUAGGUGACCAAAUACUUAUUUUCCACCAUAAUUUGCAAAGAAAUUCAUUAAAAAUCAUACAAUGUGAUUUUCUGGAGAAAAAAAAUCUCAAUUUGUCUGUCAUAGUUGACGUGUACCUAUGAUGAAAAUUACAGGCCUCUCUCAUCUUUUUAAGUGGGAGAACUUGCACAAUUGGUGGCUGACUAAAUACUUUUUUCCCCCACUGUAUAUAUACAGUGCCUUCAGAAAGUAUUCACACCCAUUGACUUUUUCCACAUUUUGUUGUGUUACAGACUGAAUGUAAAGUUGAUUACAAUUUGUGACAGUCUUACACAAACUGCCCCAUAAUGUCAAAGUGGAUUUAUGUUUUUAUACAUUUUUACAAAUGAAUUAAAAAUUAAAAGCUGAAAUGCCUUGAGUUAAUAAGUAUUCAACACCUUUGUUAUGGCAAGUCUAAAUAAAUGUAGGAGUAAAAAUGUGCUUAACAAGUCACAUAAUAAUUUGCAGGGACACACUCUGUGUGCAAUAAUAGUGUUUAACAUGAUUUUUGAAUGACUACCCCACACAUAUAAUUAUCUGUAAGGUCCCUUAGUCGAGCAGUGAAUUUCAAACAGAUUCAACCACAAAGACCAGGGAGGUUUUCCAAUGCCUCACAAAGAAGGGCACCUAUUGGUAGAUGGGUAAGACAUUUUCAAAAAGCAGACAUUGAAUAUUCCUUUGAGAAUAGUAAAGUUAUUAAUUACACUUUGGAUGGUGUAUCAAUAAUCCCAGUCAAUAAUACCUCACAAAGAGGCACCUAUUGGUAGAUGGGUAAGACAUUUUUAAAAAAGCAAACAUUGAAUAUCCCUUUGAACAUGGUGAAGUUAUUAAUUAAACUUUGGAUGGUGUAUCAAUAAUCCCAGUCACUACAAAGAUACAGGCGUCCUUCCUAACUCAGUUGCCGGAGAGGAAGGAAACCGCUCAGGGAUUUCACUAUGAGGCCAAUGGUGACUUUAAAAAGUUACAGAGUUGAAUGGCUUAAUGGCUGUGAUAGGAGAAAAUUGAGGAUAGAUCAACAACGUUGUAGUUACUCCACAAUACUAACCUAAAUGCCAGAGUGAAAAGAAGGAAGCCUGUACAGAAAACAUACAUCCUGUUUGCAAUAAGACACUAAAGUAAAACUACAAAAAAUUAAGGAACUUUAUGUCUUGAAUACAAAGUGUGAACAGUCAGACCUGUGCACUCUGUCACGAGGAAACAGGAUCAAUAGAGCAUAUUUUCUGCUACUGUCCAUCAGUGGUUGGCUUUUCGAGUCAGGUCUAGGAAUGGUUGUCAUGUCAUAAAUUCAGGGGUCAGAUGGACCUGCAAACUGUUUUAUUAGAUGAUCUGAAAAACCAUGAGCAGUCAAUGGGAAAUAUCAUUAUACUCAUGGGUAAAGUAUUUAUUUUUAGGGCAAUAUCGGUUGAAAUAUUACAAAAAGUGAGGUUCAAGACCCUCGUAAGACAUCAAAGUAAAAUGGAGGGAUGUAUUGCAAAGAAAAUAGCUAAAUGGUAUUAUACUGGGAAAUGUGGGUUAAUCUGUGGACAUCGGAAGUUUGGAGUUAAGAUCAGAAUGAAUGGUGGAUUGGCCGCUGUGGUUGAAAAUCCUGCUCUUGCAGAGAGGAAACUAGGAAUAUAUGUUUAUUUAUUUAACUAUUUAUUUAAUGUACCUUACAUGUGGGUACAUGUAGUAGCCAGUAGAAGUAUUGUUGUCCGUUAGUUUACUCCAAUCAGGGGAGGGGUGGUAGGACUGGGGGGAAAAAUACAAAAUAAAAUAAAUAAGUAAGGGGGAUUAGAAAUGAUGCAAACAAUUAAUUUGAUGGAACCCAAAACCUAUCUGCAAUAUUAAAGCUGAUCUCCCCCCCAAAAAAUUUCAGAAAUAAAUAAAUAAAAAACACACACAGAUAUAUACAGUACACAUGCACACGCUCAGGCCACAAACAUCAGGGAAAGGAUUGAGGUGUGACUAUAUUACAUCCCCUGACACUUACAUGUAUGCUCUAAAUGUCUGACAUCACUACAUUUCUGACACCACAAAGUCACACUUUCAAAAAAAAGAAAGGGGAAAAAGUUUAACUUUAAAGAUUAUGGCUUUGACCUGCUAUAUGCUUCAUUUAGCGAAAUCUGCUAAACAUUUAUGGUGUGUUUUUAAAUAUAACCCAAGUCAAAAGCUAACCUAACCAAAAUGAACACUAAUAUUAACCUGAAGUGAUUUGGCUGUACCUCUGUAUAGCUCAAAUGCAUGGCACCCUCAGUCAAGCGCACACACACAACGUUUUUUGUCAGUAGACGUGUACUCUCAGAGAGACGCCAACGAUUUCCUGUCAUCUCUGUGCGGUACUUGUGGUUUGUCUACUUUCUCAGGAACUGAACAUCUUAGGGUGUAAUUAUUUUCAUGUUUACUUUCCAUAACUCUGCUCUCUGAUUGAUCCUUUCAUUAUGACAUUGUCACAACGGUCACAAAAUAAGCUUUAGAAUACACAAUACGUUUGGGCAUUCCUAUUCUGUAACUGUAACAUUAUUAACAUAGGUCCAGCCCAUUUUUUUAGAGCUCCAAGAAGGGUCAGUGUACUAUUGUGACUAGAACCCUGCAUGAUGGUAGCUCUCCUUCUCUCUCUCUUCAUCCCCAGGCUGCUGAUAGAGGAGGAGGAGAAGAUGAAGGCCCUGCUGGCCCUCCAGGAGGAACAGGAGCAGUACAUCCUGAAGACCCAGAGAGAGAAGCAGGAGCUCAGGCAGGAGAUGGUAACCAAGUCCCAGGCUUUGAAGGAGGCCCAACACCAGCUGGAGAAGGUUCAGGCCAGCCGGCACAGAAUGGACCAGGACAUUGCGGUGAGUUUAACAAAAUGAGUAUCGAACCCAGAUUGUCUGCUAAAUGUACAGUAUAUCUGGGAACUACUGUCCAGACAACUACAGCAACUCGACAGCUACUCAUCAAGCAAGCAUAGUCCGCUUAACCACCUCUGCUGCACACAUGUGUCUGUGUGAAUGUGCAUAUGUGUGGGUGUUGAACGUACUGAAGCAAGCCACAGGACGGCAAGAUAACUUUCAGGGUCUUAAAGGUCAGUGUAGAUAGACGUUAUGCAGUACUUUCCCCCACUCGGGUCCCAUGAUGACUAUUUUGUAUUUGCUGUAUGUGUGUCAGUGUGCACCCUGUGUUGUACAGUGGGGGAAAAAAGUAUUUAGUCAGCCACCAAUUGUGCAAGUUCUCCCAAUUAAAAAGAUGAGAGAGGCCUGUAAUUUUCAUCAUAGGUACACGUCAACUAUGACAGACAAAAUGAGAAAAAAAAUUCCAGAAAAUCACAUUGUAGGAUUUAUUUGCAAAUUAUGGUGGAAAAUAAGUAUUUGGUCAAUAACAAAAGUUUCUCAAUACUUUGUUAUAUACCCUUUGUUGGCAAUGACAUAGGUCAAACGUUUUCUGUAAGUCUUCACAAGGUUUUCACACACUGUUGCUGGUAUUUUGGCCCAUUCCUCCAUGCAGAUCUCCUCUAGAGCAGUGAUGUUUUGGGGCUGUCGCUGGGCAACACGGACUUUCCUGGAGACUGGCUAGGCCACUCCAGGACCUUGAAAUGCUUCUUACGAAGCCACUCCUUCGUUGCCCGGGCGGUGUGUUUGGGAUCAUUGUCAUGCUGAAAGACCCAGCCACGUUUCAUCUUCAAUGCCCUUGCUGAUGGAAGGAGGUUUUCACUCAAAAUCUCACGAUACAUGGCCCCAUUCAUUCUUUCCUUUACACGGAUCAGUCGUCCUGGUCCCUUUGCAGAAAAACAGCCCCAAAGCAUGAUGUUUCCACCCCCAUGCUUCACAGUAGGUAUGGUGUUCUUUGGAUGCAACUCAGCAUUCUUUGUCCUCCAAACACGACGAGUUGAGUUUUUACCAAAAAGUUAUAUUUUGGUUUCAUCUGACCAUAUGACAUUCUCCCAAUCCUCUUCUGGAUCAUCCAAAUGCACUCUAGCAAACUUCAGACGGGCCUGGACAUGUACUGGUUUAAGCAGGGGGACACGUCUUGCACUGCAGGAUUUGAGUCCCUGGCGGCGUAGUGUGUUACCGAUGGCAGUCUUUGUUACUUUGGUCCCAGCUCUCUGCAGGUCAUUCACUAGGUCCCCCCGUGUGGUACUGGGAUUUUUGCUCACCGUUCUUGUGAUCAUUUUGACCCCACAGGGUGAGAUCUUGCGUGGAGCCCCAGAUCGAGGGAGAUUAUCAGUGGUCUUGUAUGUCUUCCAUUUCCUAAUAAUUGCUCCCACAGUUGAUUUAUUCAAACCAAGCUGCUUACCUAUUGCAGAUUCAGUCUUCCCAGCCUGGUGUAGGUCUACAAUUUUUGUUUCUGGUGUCCUUUGACAGCUCUUUGGUCUUGGCCAUAGUGGAGUUUGGAGUGUGACUGUUUGAGGUUGUGGAUAGGCGUCUUUUAUACUGAUAACAAGUUCAAACAGGUGCCAUUAAUACAGGUAACGAGUGGAGGACAGAGGAGCCUCUUAAAGAAGAAGUUACAGGUCUGUGAGAGCCAGAAAUCUUGCUUGUUUGUAGGUGACCAAAUACUUAUUUUCCACCAUAAUUUGCAAAUAAAUUCAUAAAAAAUCCUACAAUGUGAUUUUCGGGGGUUUUUUUUCCUCAAUUUGUCUGUCAUAGUUGACGUGUACCUAUGAUGAAAAUUACAGGCCUCUCUCAUCUUUUUAAGUGGGAGAACUUGCACAAUUGGUGGCUGACUAAAUACUUUUUUCCCCCACUGUAUAUCAUGCUCCUUCUCGUCUGAUAGUAAUAAACAUCUCAAAAAGAAGCACAGUGGCCUUUUGAUCCAGCAUAAACCACAAAAAUGUAUUCCCUGACUGCCCUCUCUCAUUCUCUUCCCCUCCAUCUCUCACCCUGUCCCUCUCCAUGGUCUCACUCAGGCUACUCAAAGGAAGCUGCGACAGACCAGCACCAGCUUCAAACACUGGAACGUCCAGGUGAACAGACUGACGCAUCCUGUUGGACCAGCAGGUGAGCUUAGUGGAGAGGGAAGUGUUCUAGUGCGUAAAGCUACGUUUGAACAGGUGCCUGUGUCAACCUCCUUGUCCUUGUCCUCCCUGCAUUUUGUUUCUCUUUCUUUCACUUUUUCUACUCUCUCUCUCUGUCACUCUAAUUCUCUCCUCCCCCUCCCUUUCUCUCUCCCAGAGAGAAGACCCUCUCUUGGAAGCUCAGGGGUCCCAGUUGUGCGUGUGCCCUCCCUACGAGACCCGGGCCUACGCAUGUACCAUCAGAGGAGCAAGAGCGAGAAGGAGAAGUGA